AACCACAGAUAUAAAGGCUUGGCAUAGAGCAAGCGCUUCACUAUAUAUGUAUGGAAAGGAGAAUGCUUUAAUUUGCUACCCAUACUGAAAACAAACCUUUCUGUAUUUUUUCUCUCCAAAUUUAUAUAACCUCAACCAAAAAAACCAUGAAGGUGACAGUAGAAAGAACAGAAAUUGUUAAGCCAUUUUGCGAUAGCAAUAAGAUUCCUUCUGAUCCAAAAUCACACUUCGUUCCUCUUAGUGUAUUUGAUAAAGUCAGUUACAACACUCAUGUAGCUAUCAUUUAUGCCUAUAAUCCACCAACUCCAACCAAUGCUACCAUUGAGAAUGCUACCAUUGAGCUUGGCCUGCAAAAAGUCUUAUCAGAAUACAGAGAAUGGGCAGGAAGAUUAGGAGAAGAUGAAAAUGGCGAUCCUGUCAUUUUUCUAAAUGACAAAGGGGUGAAUUUUGUUGAGGCAUCGACUGAUAUUAAGCUUGAACAAGUCAUGCCUUUGCAGCCAUCUCCAUUUUUACUUAGUCUUCACCCUAAGGCAAAUGAUGUGGAGGCAUUAUUGCAAGUUCAACUCACUAGAUUCGCUUGUGGCUCACUGGUGAUUGGCUUCACAGGCCAUCAUUUAGUAGCUGAUGGGCACUCCGCUAGCAAUUUUUUGGUUGCUUGGGGGAAAGCUACUAGAGGACUUGAACAUAACCCUCUUUCCUCUUCAUGAUCGAACCAUUUUUAACGCCUAGAAUCUCGAACCAUUUUUAACCCUAGAAAUCCGCCAUAUUUCGAGUUUGAACACAAAGGAGUAGAAUUUAAAUGCAAAAAUCUUGUCAAUGAUUGUUCUAAUUAUGAUGGAAUGUCGGUAGAAGAAGUUGAAGUCCAUAAAGUCCAUUUUACAAUGGAAUUUCUCUCUGAGCGCAAAACUAGGGCUUCUAAUUCAUUACCGAAUGGAGCUAAUGGUAAUAACAAGCCCUAUACCACUUUUGAAAGUUUGCUUGCUCAUUUGUGGAGGACUAUGACGAAGGCUCGUCAAUUGAAUGGGUUUGAAAAUAGCAGUAUAAGAAUUUCAGUCAAUGGUUGUGCGCGAAUGAACCCAAAAGUACCAAAUGAAUAUUUUCGUAACUUGGUGCUAUGGGCAUAUCCAAGUUCUAAGGUUGAAGACCUAGUGCAGGAGACAUCGGGUUACGCAGCCGAGCUCAUUCGCCCUGAAUUUUUUACUUGCAAUUCUACCUUAAAUAGAAUUUUGUACCCUAGGCAAUAUAAACUUAUCAACCUAGUUGCAACUAUGCUUUAA